AUGCGACGAACCAUUAUAACAUUAUUGUUAUGCGUCGAAUUAUUUGUGCGAGCCGAUGAACACGAUCAUCUUUAUAAUGAUAAUGAAGAAGUAGUGUUAUGGGUAAAUACAGUUGGCCCGUAUAACAAUAGGCAAGAAACCUAUGCAUAUUUUUCAUUGCCGUUUUGUCAUGGUCCUAAGGAAUCAAUCGAGCAUUAUCAUGAGACUCUUGGUGAAGCACUUCUUGGAGUCGAGCUCGAUCUCUCUGGCUUGGAAAUUAAAUUUAAAAAUAACAUAGAAAAAACGGUUUUCUGCCAUAAAACAUUAACUGAUGAAGAAUAUAAAUCAUUCGUUUAUGCCAUUCACAAUAACUAUUGGUAUCAGAUGUAUUUAGAUGGAUUGCCAAUGUAUGGAAUGGUUGGUGAAGUUGAUUCAUCCACAAAUCCUCCAACAUAUAGAAUUUUUUCUCAUAAAAAACUUGAAAUAGGAUAUAAUGAAAAUCAGAUCGUGGAUGUAAACUUGACAUCUGAUGUGCGAGUGCCUCUAUCGCCAAAUGUUGAAAUCUCAUUCAGUUAUGAAGUUGUAUGGAAGCCAUCAACUAUCGAUUUCGAACGUCGAUUUGAAAAAUAUCUUGAUCCCUCUUUCUUUCAGCAUCGAAUUCAUUGGUUUUCAAUCUUCAAUUCGUUUAUGAUGGUGAUUUUCCUUGUUGGUUUAGUUUGGAUGAUAUUCAUGCGAACUUUGCGAAAAGAUUAUGCCAGAUAUCAAAAGGAUGAAGAGCUCGAUGAUGUGGAUCGUGACUUGGGCGACGAAUACGGAUGGAAGCAAGUUCAUGGUGAUAUAUUUAGAACACCAUCUUUCCCCAUACUAUUUUCGUCGCUCAUUGGUACUGGCUAUCAUAUUUUUACGGUUGUUAUUAUAACCAUAGUGCUUGCUAUAAUUGGUGAAUUCUAUACUGAACGAGGAUCUCUUCUGAGUGCAGCAAUUUUUGUUUAUGCAGCGGCAUCACCUGUGAAUGGCUUUGCUGGUGGAUCAAUGUACGCUCGUUUUGGUGGAAAACAAUGGAUUCGCCAGAUGAUUAUGGGCGCUUUCUUGCUGCCAUCAAUUAUUUCAUCAGUUGCAUUCUUAAUAAAUCUGAUUGCGAUAUAUUAUCAUGCUUCGAGGGCUAUUCCCUUUACGAUAAUGAUUGCUGUAACUGCUAUAUGUUUAUUUGUUAUUCUGCCAUUGACUCUUGUUGGAACUGUUCUUGGACGAAAUGUCAAAGGACAAGGUGAUUAUCCGUGUAGAGUAAAUGCUGUUCCGCGGCCGAUUCCCGACAAAAAAUGGUUCUUGGAACCUUGGUUUAUAAUUAUGCUUGGAGGCAUAUUACCGUUUGGCUCAAUUUUUAUUGAGAUGUACUUUAUCUUCACAUCUUUUUGGGCGUAUAAAAUUUAUUAUGUUUAUGGUUUUAUGUUUCUCGUUACUAUAAUAUUGGCAAUUGUAACGAUGUGUGUAACUGUCGUUUGUACAUAUUUCCUUUUAAACGCGGAAGAUUAUCGAUGGCGGUGGACGAGUUUCUUAGCAGGCGCUUCAACUUCAUUUUAUGUUUAUCUUUAUUCUAUAUACUAUUUUGUCUUUAAAACAAAGAUGUAUGGAUUCUUCCAAACGGCUUUUUAUUUCGGUUAUAUGGGACUUUUUGGCAUUGCUCUUGGCUUAAUGUGUGGCACUGUUGGAUAUGUGGGUGCAGCAAAAUUCGUUCAUAAAAUCUAUUCAACUAUUAAAAUAGAUUAA